UUUUGGCCCACCCUGUAUAAAAACGUGCUUUGUGUUACCACUUUUGCCUUUCUGGAGCGGAUUUACAUUAUAUUUCUUCUGGGAAAAACGUAUGCGGUUGGAGUCCGACCUUCUGGAACGAAUUAAUGACACUCCUUCGUUGGAUGGCUUUCAGCAUCUUAAAUGUACUAAAUAGAACCGCAGGGAUCCACUUUAACACAUACAUUAAGCCUUUAAUGUUUGCACCCCAGGUUCGUUUAACGUUGCAGCCAAGAUGUCUCUUACGUUUUGAGUUGCCAGGAUUUGUUGGUGACCGCGUUCACCACGAACGUAUCUGACGGCGAAUCCCAUUCCUCAGAAGCAUCGAGGCGCGCGUGCGUACGUGCGUGCGUGUCACUUUGAAGCCUUGUCGUCCAAAUGAAGCGUCCAAAUUGCGGCCGUCGUAUCGCCAUCGAGCCUUUUUUUUCUUGUGGGACAAUCACACAAACAACCCAGAUCUUUUUUUGUGAUUCUUCUUGAUGUUGGCAGGCCGCGACCUCAUCAGUGUGUGUGUGUUUGGUCCUGUGAGGCCAUCAAGAUGAAAACAAGCCGCCACGUUGUGUCCAGUGAAAGGAAAAAGUGAUGAUGUGGUGGAAAGAAGCGUCUUUUAGGAGCAACGACGUGGAGAACCUUAGUGAUAAGAGAACGGGACACAAAUGUGACGUCACAUUCUGCUGUCUGAGAUGCAUUUCACAUCUAAUCCAGAACUUUCCAUACGUCCCAAAGCAGACGAGUGGGCCGAGCGCGGGCACCUGAUCCUCCUGUGAUGUGGAGCGCCCGUGUUCACCUCGCGUUUGCUCACCAGACAAAGUCCGAGCAGAGCUUCUUUACAGCAAAGGAUCUUUGAACAGCAGAACUUUCUCCGCCCCCACCCCUGACACGAAUGUGAGGAAAAUGAGCGCUAUCUCCACCAGGGAAGUCUUGUUUGUUUGUUAGCAGGACUGACAAGGUACAUGGCGGCGGCCCAGCGCGGCCCAUGGAGACAGAAACGUCAUAUUUUGCAGUCAAGUCACACGGAGACGACGAAGUGCGGCGCUCCUUUUGUCGUCUUCGUCUGCGUGUGAAAUAUUCCAGCCGACAGCAACGCGAGCGGCUCUGUCCAAACGCUCACGGAAGCUUCUAGACGUAAAAUAAACACGAAUGGCACCAGGACACACACACACACACACACUGACAUGCACAUAUAUCACUGUCCGAAGCAAAAGUUAAAAGCUUACAAACGUCUGCAUUUUCCGACACCCCACUUUUCCUAGGAUUUGGUUUUUGGUGAAAAUUUUGCUCCGAUUGUCUUGACUGUCUUGGUUAUCGUACAGUAUUGGGCGUCACAAACUAGGUCCCAUCGAGUGCCCAAACAAAGCACCCCGCCGGCCGUGCAGUUCUCAUUGAGUGUUGCUGUUAAAUAACCCGCCAUGGGGACAAAGAAUGUUGCAAGUGCCAGCAAUAUGAUGAAGAGAAACACUGCUGAAUUCAAGAAAGAAGUCAACUCUAAGUAGGAAGAUGGCGUCCUCUGCGCUCCUCGCCGUCUUCGCCAACAAGAGUCUUCAGUAAAGGUAACAUUUUCUUUUCAUUCCACAUUUAUAAUUAUUUCACAUGGUUUAAUAGAGAGCAUGCUUCUCUAUUAAAAUGUACAGUAUUUUGUGUGAAUAUUUUGGGGUGUCAGGAACGGGUGAAUUGGAUUUACGUUACUUCCUGUGGGAAAAAUUGCUUUGGUUUUUGUACGUUCUUGGUGUUAGGAACUUUAAUAACAAAACUGAGGUACCACCGUAUCUAAGCAUGGCUUUUGUGCUUUUAUCACAUAUAACUAACAUUUAUUGUCAUUCAUGUACAAUAAGUCCACUACAGUACAGUACAGUUUUUAAUUGGACUCCCUGAUCAUUCAUUGUCAUGUGUGUGCUCGUGUGGAGGCUGGCCCCUGGUCCGUGAUUACAUCACCGCCCAGCAGUCUAUUUGGGUGCACAGCACGGCGGCGUCAUUCGAGAAGAAGAUGAUGAUGAGGAUCAAGAGGCGCGCUGGACCAGCCGAGGACGUCCACGGACGCGGACCACGUCCUGUGACGUGAGGCAGGAGGACAAGAGGACUUUGUGAAGUUUGCAGAGGACAUGGCCGACUGUCCCUUCCUGCUGCUGUUGAUUGUCGUGCUGCUGUCCACGGGCGCGUGCCAGCACUACUUCCUGCUGCGUCCCGUCCCCAGCGACAGCCUCCCCAUCGUGGACCUGAAGGAGGACCCCGACCCGCUGCUGGACCCAAAGGAGAAGGACCUGAACGAGACGGAGCUGAGGGGCGCCCUGGGCGGACACUUUGACGCGCACUUCAUGUCCGUGCACGAGCCGGACGACGAGGAGGCGGCGGCGGGCGACCCCGACGCGCGGCUCCGCCUCAGCGGACCCAUGCCCAAGGAGAUCCGGGCCAUGGAGUUCGAGGUGCCGCACGGCAAGAAGCAGAAGCCGAGCAGGAAGCUCCGGCGGCGGCUGCAGCUGUGGCUGUGGUCGUACACCUUCUGCCCGGUGGUCCACGCCUGGAACGACCUGGGCAGCCGUUUCUGGCCGCGCUACGUCAAGGUGGGCAGCUGCUCUAACAAGCGCUCCUGUUCCAUGCCGGAGGGCAUGCACUGCAGGCCGGCCAGGUCAUCCCAUCUCACCCUGCUCAGGUGGCGCUGCCUGCACCGGAAGGCGGCUCUCAAGUGCGCCUGGAUACCUGUUCAAUACCCCGUCGUGUCCGAGUGCAAGUGCGCCUGCGCCAACUGAUUGGCAGGCGCGUGUGGGACUCGUCCAAAGUGAUUGAUUGACUGCAGCAAACAUGUAGUGAUCAAAAGUGAAAGUUUUUUUUUUAACAGAGUGCUGAUCACUUUUGUUGGCACUUCCGGGAAGUCCAAAGUAAAAGCGAAGCCCUCAGUGUAAAAUUGCUGAUCGCGAUCAAUAAUGGACACCAAGUUGUAAAAGACUCGCUCCACAAUCACGAAUGUUCUUGUCACACCCCAGCUGUCAAUCAACCGUAUUUGUGACAAGAUGCGCUCUGUGGAGGUCAGAGGUUAGCUGAGACUUGAUAACGUGAUUAAAAUCUGACUUCUUCAUGACAAUCUUAGCUUUCCUGUCUUUGACUCGUGAUGGAAGGUUAAAAAAUAAUAAUGUCGCCCCCUGCUGGACAAAGCAAGAACAGGUCAGUCCGUGAAGAGCAAAGGUCUUAUCUUCAGCUGUAAUGGUGGAUGGUGCCACGCGGUCCGUGCUCGAACAUUUUAGACCCCCAGAAAAAGCUCAGCGUUAAAGUGAGUGGUGCCCUCUAGUGGCUUCACUGGUGGCUCCAUUUAUUCCAUUCAUUCAUUCAGGUUAAAGCUGGUCCGUUUUGAGUAGCUGCUGGUUUACAUGCUGUCGUCAUGGCGAGGUCAUGUGACAUCAACACACACACACACCGUCUUGGUUUGUCACGCGAGUGUGAGGAGACUACCCGCCCACCGGUCAGCCUGACUGCCGCCAAGAUCACAUGACAUGGUCCAUCCAAAGACGUCAACAACUGCAAUCAUCGGGUAAAUUAUGAGCUUUAAAAUAUUGAUAUGCAGUGAGUAUAUGUACACUACGUCCUCAACUUGCGAACAUUCGGAGAUACGAACGCAAGCUGGCUGGCUAUUUUCAUGUAUUUUGCCUUGUAGUACUGUAACUCCAUAGUUAUACUGCUACAUGCUUGACCACUAGAGGGCACUGUGACACUGCUAAUGGGACCAACAGGUAGAGGAAGACGAAAUGGAAAGCUAAGUUGUAGCUGUACGAUGCAACCCGGACAGAGCGUGUGAUUAAAGUUUAUGAAGAGUUAAUAGGCCUGCUUAAUUCUACACCACCCACAGAACACUACCUCUUUUAGAAGAGUCUAACCACCAUUUUCAAUAACUCCUCCUCCUCCACCACAAUGACACAUGCUCGACCACUCCUCUUCAAAGGUAAAUAACAUCAUUACGUAUUAUUAUAUCAUUUUUAUUAGUUUUUUUCAUUAAUUAUCCUCGUUUAAUAUUACUACUACAUCCAAACUCAUAUUUACAUACAUACACAUAUACUGUAUAUGUAUACACGUACAUGUAGUACCUAUAUCAUUGGUAAUAUUACCUUUUGUUGGACUUACGAACACAUCGACUUGCGAACGGUUGCCUGGAACCAAUUGUGUUCGUAAACUGAGGGCCUAGUGUAUUACUUGAAAAGACUGCUGUAAUGUAUUUGCCCACCAGGGGGCAACGUGACAAUAAGCGACGUGUGUGCGCGCGUGUACGCCCGCGCCAGCGGAGUCUCCAUGUUGGCACAAACACAAGCAGACUCACCACUCUGCUGCUGGACUAACUGUGUGAAAACAAACACACUGUUAAGUAAUCCCAGGCUGCGUGCGUGCGUGUGUGUACUGUCUUUCUUUUCCAGUUCUUCUAUUUUCGAUCUGAACAAAUCCGAGUCAAAAGUUCCACAAUGAUCAGAUGUGAGUACACUGCACGCUAGGGGAGAGUCACGUGACGAGUCAACUUUGUGACGUCAAAUUCAAACUGUAUUGUGAUUGGAUGUUGACAAGUCAUUUGUUGUAGGGGGCGUGAAUGUAGGAAAGUGAAAAGUGUGUGUGUGUGAGAGAGAACACACACUGGUCCACAGUGUCCACGGUGUUUAUGCAUUCCAGCGUGCUGAGGGCGCUGAGUCGCCGCCUAUUUGCUCCAACUUAUUUUGGGAAAAUUCCACAGGUUGUGCAGGUCCCCACCGGACCAUAAAUCACACAUUAUCAUGGGAUGCAC